AUGAGCAGGCAUGGAAGCAAUAUGGCUGCACUCUUAUGUUUGAUGGAUGGAUGGAUGGAUAGGAGGAGCCGACAUCUGAUCAAUUUUCUUGUGAACAUCCCUGAAGGCACAUACUUCAUAGAGUCUGUUGAUGCAUCUGCUAAAGUACAUGAUGCUUUUAUGCUUGCUGAUCUGUUAGGGAAGAAGAUUAAUGAGAUUGGGAAGGAGAAGGUGGUCCAAGUGAUCACUGACAAUGGGGCUAACUACAAGGCUGUAGCAACUCAAUUUGCCACUUCUUUUCUCACUUUGAAAAGUUUGCACAAGCACAAGGAUGCUCUCAAGGCUUUAUUUCAUAGUGAAGAAUGGUCUGAAAAUAAAUUGGCAAAAACUAAUGCUGGUGAUAAUGUGCAUUCCAUUGUCUUCUCUGUUGAGUUUUGGAAUUCAGUUGAAGAUUGCCUUAGAGCUUCAGCUCCACUCCUUAUUGUUCUUAGGGUGGUUGAUGGUGAUGAGAAGCCUGCAAUGCUAGAGGUCACAUCACUAAUGAAUCAAGCAAAAGAGAAGAUAAAGCUAAGCUUUGCUGUUGAUAGCAAGAAGCUCCUUCUAAAGAAAAUCUUGGAAAUCAUUGAUAAACGUUGGGUGAAACAAAUGGACCAUCCUUUGUAUGGGGCUAUACUAUACUUGAAUCCAACAAAAUUACAUCCUCUCAUAUGGGAUAAUGAAGAUGCAGUUGUUGGGCAACUAAGAGGUUCUUUUCAUGAUGUGCUUGCAAGAAUGGUGGAGGAUGAAGAACUUAGAGACAAGAUUGAUGCUCAAUCCUUGGACUAUGAAGCCCUUAGGGGAGAUGCAUUCUCAAACAAAAUGGCCAAGCAAAACCUUGAGAAACUAAGCCCUUUGGAUUGGUGGCGCUCGUAUGGUGGCCGUGCUAUUGAGCUUCAAAGGUUUGCUAGACGCAUUGUGAGUCUUUGCGCUUCAUCAUCAGGCUGCGAAAGAAACUGGAGCACAUUUGAGUUUAUCCAUACAAAGAAAAGGAACAGGUUGCUGCAUAAGAGGUUGAAUGCCAUUGUCUUUGUUUCCUACAACCGGAAGAUGAAGACUAGGUUUCAAAUAAGGCGUGAGAAAAAAGGAAAAAGUUUUGACCCUUUGGUCAUUGAUCAAUUUGAUUGGGACAAUGAGUGGGCUGACUACUGCUAUGUUCAUUCUCAAGGUGCGCGUGGAUGUGAGGUUGCUGAGAAUGAGAAUGGUCUUACAUGGGAACUUGUUGAUGAAGCUCUUGGUGCAUCAAGCUCGCUGCGAGGCCGCAAUCUUCAAAGGAAAGCCAGCAACAACAAGCGUGCAAGAAAUGGACCUUCAGGGCUGGUUGAAGAAGACUCAGGUUCAGCCAAUGAAGAAGAGGAAGAUGACCAUGAUUCACAUGAUGAUGCUGAUGUGAGCGAUUGUGAGGAUGCUCCAAGUGGCACCAAUGGUGAUGGAGAGAAUUUGGAUGCUACAAAUGUCCAUGAUGAGUUUGAUGAUGGGCAUUAG